GAAUUCAGUGGUUCAUAUUCUUCUCCUUCACUAGCUCAUAAAGCACCUCCAAUCGAGGAAAAUCCAAAUGCUUUAAUUUCUAUUCCACCGAAUGCUAUAACUGAAAAUAGUAAAAGGCCUGCGACUUCUCCCUUUCCUUCUGACUUUAAAGCACCCAUAAAAGCAGUUGGUGAUGUAUCUUUGAAUGGUUGGCAACUUGUGCAAUUUUUAAUCAAAGCUACUUACAGGCUUCCAGCUGGAGUAACUAGAGAUGGAAUUCAGUUGCGAAUAAAUCAGUUAAAUGAAUUAACGAGCUCCGGAAAAGUGACGGAUGGUUGCAUCAAAAAAUUAAAUUUUGUUGUAGAUGCAUUAGAUCGUGGUUUGUUCGAAGAAGCACAUCAGUUUUUCGAGCAGUUGCUCAUAUCAUUCCCUACCGAAACUCGGAGUAGUUGGGCUCAGGGUAUUCGACUGCUAUUAAAUGAACUGAAACUUCCUACAAGAACUGCUAGCGCUGGUUUGGGACGGCAUAAAUGA